UCCCAGUGGAGAUGGCUCUGCUGGGCGGCCAGCAGCCUGGUCCCUGCUUCUGCCCAUAGUCAGGCAUGGCAGCGGCAGGUGUCUGAGACAGGGGCAUUAGCCCAGCAGGGAGGGGGCCGGGGGCAAGAGGAUCAGGCCUAGACAGAUCGAGGGAAAUUUAAGUCAAUAAAUAAAUAACUUUAAAAAGGCUGGGGGGAAAUCCCUGGAAGGAAAAUUCCCCGGGAAAUUGCUAUUCGAUGGAGUGUGCAGCUGAGCUGGGCUUGUGGGAAGAAGAUCGAGCAGCCUGGAUUGAUUUUAACUGUUUCCUUAAUAACUCGCAAGGCAAAGAAGAGAAACGUAUUUGAGCCCAUGGGCUCAAGUCAUUAGCUCUAUUGAGGGGGGUGGGGAAAUAACUUUAUAUUUGAAUGAGAAGCUAACGGCAUCAGAUACUGGGCAGGAGUUAAAGUUGGCAAUGGCUCUGAUCAGCCUGUUGGAAUUGGCUGACCUCUCCAUAGGGACGCCAGAGAUCGGGGUGGUCAAUUUUAAUGCCCUCCACACUUUGCUCCAUGCCAUCAUUAAACAACUCAACCUGCAGGAUGUCAAAGCCGAGAUGCAUGAUGAGAAACCUAAGCCCCCGGAACCUGUGCCUUUGCAGGAGGAAGAGAGGAAGGGCAAGCGCGAUGAGUCAGAAGACUUCCCCUAUGCUGACUUAGAGAAGAAGGUCAUUGGGGUGGCCACUCAGGUGCAUGGCGUGGAGGCCAAGGUGGUUGGGGUGGCGGCUCAGGUGCAUGGAGUGGAGGAUCAGGUGCAUGGGGUGAAGUCUCAGGUCCACGGAAUAGGGGAACAGGUUCAAGGGCUUGAGAAGCAAAUGGCUGCCCUGGAAAAAUUGCCUUCUGGGACAGACUUGCUGGAGAGGACCAAGAGCGGCUCUCCGAAUGGCUCUGCUGUGGCCGACAUGUGGCAAAUGAUGCAGAUGAAGAAAAAGAUAGAAGCUAAUGAGAAUGGCAUCUCCAAGGCCAUGGCUCUGUUCCAGGAUCUGCUGAAUGAGGUCAAUGGCGUGAAGACGGCCAAUUUCCAUAUGAACGAGGGCCUCGAAAACAUCAAGGAGAAACUUGGCUUGAAUUUACAACUAGAUACCCAGGAGAUUGGCAAUCAACUGCAGACCUGCAUCGCAGAUCAGAAGAACUUGGAUAACGAUGUGAGGAACCUAGAGCGAAGGAUAAACCUCUAUCCUUCCCCCGAAGAAAUGUAUAACAUGGUGCGCUGGGAAGUUCUGGAGGACUGCCUUGUGACAGGCAAAGGCAAGAGUCCACCCACUGAGCAGAUAAACCACCUGGAGCAAUUCAAGUGUAGCCGCGCCGACCUCGACAAGCUGCGACAGUUCCUCUCGGAUGCAGUCCCUAAGAACCUCUCCAGUAUGCCUGCUGACCUCAUGGACCAGCUGUCUUCCCUGAAGGCCACGGCAGAAGACAUGAAAGAUGUAAAGGCCAAGGUAAGGAAGCUGCAGAAUGUCCUUGAAGCAGAGGUGGCAACAGAAGCAGAUCAGAAAGAGAAGGGAUCCAGUCAGAUUAACCUGCAGUUAGGUUACCUCAGAUCGACAGUGCACGACAUAGAGAAAGAGCUGCAGGAGCUGAGGGAGCAGCAGGAUCACGGCAAAGCCAAGCUGGAGCAGUCGGUCACUGACACAGCCCUCUACCUGCAGGAACAGUUAGACAAGCUUAGAUCUAUCAUAGAGAACAUGAUGACCUCCUCCUCCACCUUGCUAUCCAUGAGCAUGCCCACUAGCCCGGCGCCUGGGGAGGCAGCGCCGCAUGGCACGUGCCCGGCCUGCAGCCUAGACGUCAGCGAGCAGGUUAGCCAGCUGUUCAAACGCUACGAACAGCUGCAGGAUUUAAUUAGCAGCUUCAUGACGAGGCACGCGGAAAGCAAGCCAGCAAAGCGGCCGCCGCUGAGGAGCCAGGACGAAGAGCUGCUGAGUCGCAUCCAAAACACCAUCCUCCAGGUGCAAGGAGACUGUGAGAAUCUCAAUGCCACCACAGGGAACCUCAUAGAAGACCAUCAGCAGAAGCAGAAGGAUAUUGCUCUUCUCUUCCAGUCACUGGAGAAGUUGGAAAAGGAGAAAGCAGACAAGGAGCAUCUGGAGACAGAAAUUGACGUGAAAGCAGACAAGAUCGCCCUGGCUGGCAAAGUCAGCCGCACCCAGUUUGAUGCCACCACGGAGCAGCUGAAUAAGAUGAUGCAGGAUCUGGUGAACAAGAUGAGCGGGCAGGAGCAGGACUGGCACAAAGUGCUCGACAAAAUCUUGGUGGAGAUGGACUCCAAGCUGGACCGCCUGGAAUUAGAUCCCUUCAGACAGCAGCUGGAAGAGCGUUGGAAGGCCAUCCGGAAACAGCUGAAGGAGAGGGCUCCGCAGUACGCAGCGGACGAUGCUGCUGGAAUUAGGAAAAGACUGAUGGCUCAUUUCCACUGCAUUUCCUGCGACAGACCUCUGGAAAUGGUGGUGCCUGGCCCGACCAUCAUGACCAUCCCCUCCGUGCCGGGGUUACCAUCCCACCGCUCCCUCCGGCCCUACACCGUCUACGAACUGGAGCAAGUCAGGCAGCACACCCGCAGUCUGAAGUUAGGGCUUAGGCCCUACCCUCGCUUGGACGCGCUCCAGCUGGAGAAGAGCGCGGGCCUUGGCAAGCUGCGCAGCAUCCACUCCAAGAUGCUCAUGGACAUAGAGAAGGUGCAGAUCCACUUUGGGGGCUCGGCGAAGGCCAGCAGUCAGAUGAUCAGGGAGAUAAUGCAGUCGCAGUGUGUCAGCCCAGGCCAGGAUAACAAACGUGACAAGAUGGCGGAGAUGGCAGAAUAUGGUUACCUGUCCAUGCCUCGGCGCUGCGGCGGCAGCCACACCCUCACCUACCCCUACAGGCGCUACACACGGCUGCAGCAAAUCGCCCAGUGUAUGCCGGUGCAUCCCGAGGAGACUGCCAUGCUGACAGUGAUGAAGCAUGAAGAGGUGGAUAUCCUAGGCCUGGAUGGACACAUCUACAAAGGGCGGAUGGACACUCGGCUCCCAUCAAUUUCAGCCAAGGAUGGUCCUUUGAAGUCCAAACCCAAGAUGUCCCGGUCUUCAUCACAACGGCAGCCGACCCUGAUGGACGCAGCCGGCAUCCCAGCACGCCCGCACAGCGCCAAACUGUCUUCCCCCAGCAAUUCAGGUACAGCUAGGUCGCUAAAGGACAGGCCCGUGUCAUCAGAGGGUCGACUGUCCCGGGUGGACCUGACCCAUCUAUCAGCCUCCACACCUCCCCCUGAGGAGGGAAGAGAGGAUUCUCCCACGCAGGAGAAAGAAACCCUAGAGCUUCAGCUGGACCUUCCCAUGCGCCGGCGAUCGGCUGAGCAGCCAGCUCCGUUACAGUGACUGCGAUGGCAGGAAAGCAGCGCUCGCUGACGGAAGCCAGGCAAUAAAGAGUGAGCAGAACAGA